AUGUCGCGACCCCAGAAAGCAGAGAAAAGAGAUGCUUGUACGAACUUCACAGAACUCCUCUCCCCCAAGAAUAAACAACAGAAACACAAAGACCCGCACACAUGGUACGAUUACCUACAGAGCGAGAAACGAGCCCCCGGAGGCCCAAGAGAUGCCCUAGGAGCAUACAUCGAAAACCCCGAAUCCUUCUCCUCCAAUGUCAUCGUAUACCAGAAUCAGAACUUCGUGGCGAUCCGCGAUCGAUACCCAAAAUCUACGCUCCAUCUCCUCCUUCUCCCGCGCGAUCUCUCCAAAACUCGUCUCCACCCAUUUGAUGCCUUUGACGAUCCCGAGUUCCUGGAAAAUGUCAGGGUGGAGGUGAAGAAAAUCCGUGCUCUAGCGGCGGCUGAAUUGAGGAGAAUGUACGGGAAGGAGUCUGCACAGGAGAAGAGGAGGUACGAUGCGCUUGAUGUGAAAUUUCCACCGGACGAACUGCCGUCGGGGAGGGACUGGGAGAAGGAGGUUAUGUGCGGGAUACAUUCGGGUCCGUCGAUGAACCAUUUACAUAUUCAUGUUAUGUCUGUGGAUCGGUACAGCGAGCGGAUGAAGAGUAAAAAGCAUUACAACAGCUUCUCUACGCCGUUUUUCGUUGACGUAGAUGAUUUUCCUCUGCCACAAGACGAUCCAAGGAAAUAUUUCAAGAGACAGGGUUACCUGCAAUGGGACUAUAUUUGCUGGCGCUGUGAAAGAAACUUUGGCAACAAAUUUGCUGAAUUCAAGGGGCACUUGGAGGAGGAAUUCAACGAAUGGAAACGACAAUGA